GGUCGGGUUUCCUCCAGUGCGGCCGCCAGGGCUGUCCCGCGGCUACGACAACCCCCGGGCGGGCGUGGGGGGGCCAAGCAUUGGCCCCUCCCUCAGACCGAUGGGACUCGCGGCUGAAGAAGGAGCAAGUAGCCUCCAGACAUAGAGCCCGAUUCCAGGAGACUCCCAGUGAAACCGGGAGGGUUGGCAAUCCUGAUGCUGUCUGGAGCUGCCAGGGUCCCUUCCUCGGUCGAAAACCAGAUGCCUGGCAACCCUAAGACACCACACCAAGCGACUGAAGCACUGAUCAAAGGGGAGCGCCUGGCUGAAAAGCAACCAGUCAGCCUGUGGUCUUUUGGGACUAAGUAAAAGCAGCAUGUGGAGGAUGUGAUAGUGAGAUGUCCCUUAGCUCCAGAGAAAUCCAAGAUGUAACACCUUUGACUCCCAACUUUCCUUUACAGUUUCAAGUCAGCCAGAGGGUGUACGCUCCCAGAAAUUUCCACCUCUCUCCUUCUGUGUGCUCCUUUCUUUCCUAUUCCCUUUCUCCUGUUUAAAAGCUAUCUUCUUUGGCUGGUUUGCUGUGCAAGAGAAUGAAUCCAAAAUGGAAGAAGACCUGCCAUUUAUAGACCCAGCCCCUUCUGCAAGUGGGAUUGCACUAAUCAGAGGGCCAUGCUAAGGAUUAACAGUGUGUGCCACAGCUCUAGUUGAGCAACCCUUCUUGGACACUCACCAGACUGCUUCAAGAGGACCCAGCUGCUGGACCCCAUGUGUUUUAAGCCUUCAGAGUCUGAACAGAGCCCAGACACCGUCCCUAUCUUGGAGUCCCUAGGCACACCCUCACAGUGCAGAUCUUCUAUCUAGCAUCCCCUCUUGAGAGCAGCCUGCUGCCCAAUCCCUGGAACUAGUACUGGCCCCUCAAGAUUGCCUGUAUCUUAAAAACACCCUCUCCCACAAUCUCACCCAAGGUGUGAGCUGUCUGGAUUAUCAUUUAACUCUCUCGGGAGGCACUUGAUAAGGUGUAGCACAUAACACAUAUAGGCUUUGCACAGGACUCAAACACAGCAUUUACUUAAGCAUGGGAAAUACACAGAAAGUAUAGAUCAUAUAGAAAACAACAAACAACAUGAAUGCAAUGCCCCUUACUCUAGCUCGAUCUUCCUUUGUCAGUCCUUGGGGGACCAUUUUUGUUCAGAUAGGCAGGGUUCCCCCAUGCCUCAUCAGGCUCCUACAGCAGCCUCCCUCAUCUUGAGUUCAUGAAAAUGGCUAAAGAUCCUGAAUUAAUCAGCUCCUGCCCUUUAUUAACCUUCCAGUCCCUCAGCCACGUGACCUCCAGAUAAGCCUCAACAGAGGAUCACAGAACUCUGGCAUGUGACUUUGUUGCCACGUGAUCCCUUCCCUGACAAAUCAAUUCUCCUACCUAGGAGUCAGCCUAUUAUGUAGAUCGAUCCCAUUUCAAUGGGAGAGCACUUAAGUCAAUGACCCUCUAUCUAUAGUCAACCCUGUAUCACUAAGACUUGGAGUUUUAGUCUGACAUAGAGACAAGCAGACAGCAGAGAAGACAACUAGUCCCUACAUUGAAAAUGGAGUUUUCAGUUGGAUAAACAUACAUACAGAGCAUUCAUAAUCUGACACAGAAUUCAUAAAUUGUACAGACAGAUUUCCCAAAUCAUCACAGCAUUCAUGCAGCUCUAGACCUGACUGCAGUGCUAGCUCUGCAGGAGGGGGUGCCAGAGAGCCAGAAUCCUUAUUGAUUUAAUACGAUUAAAGUCAAGUCUUUGUGCAUAUAUUUUCAUAUGCAAUGUAUCAUACCAUCUUAUUUGCUUUUCUUCACAUUUAUUUGCAGGCUCUGCAAUUGUGUGAUAACAAUGACCAGCACCUUGUGUUGCCCCUGAAGGCUGGGUAUAUUACACUGUAGAUAGGGAAGUGAAUAGGAUAGUUGUCUUUUGCCAGAAGUUAAAUUUUACAAUGAGAGUCUACAGCACCCCAUGUAGGUGGAUGUAAAAUGUUACCAAAUGAGCAUUCCCCACUCACACUGGUGGGGUAACAUUUUGUACCCACUUGACACAGUUGUAAAUAACUCCACAAAAUGCAAGACAGAUGACAAACCUGUCCUGUGUUUUAUAUCCAUGGAUUAUCACAAUAGACACAUAAAACCAUACAUAGCAGGGACCUGGUAUAUUUCUCAACUGCAUUUUCAGAACUCAGUACAAAUCACUGACAGGAUUAAAGUAUAGAUUGGUAAAAGUGAAACUACUUUUCAAUUUCUAUGACAAAACAAACACCAAUCUUUUGGGGGGUUUUAGUUAGAAUAUUCUUGAAUCUCAUCUCACUAGUAAAGGAGAAUUAUGAUACUGACAUGUCAUAGUCCUCACUUGAGCAGACUAAGGGUAUGUCUACACUAUGAAAUUAGGUCAAAUUUAUAGAAAUCUUUUUUUUAGAAAUCGUUUUUAUAUAUUCGAGUGUUUGUGUCCCCACAGAAAAUGCUCUAAGUGCAUUAAGUGCAUUAACUCGGUGGAGUGCUUCCACAGUACCGAGGCUAGAUUCGACUUCCGGAGUGUUGCACUGUGGGUAGCUAUCCCACAGUUCCCGCAGUCUCCGCUGCCCAUUGGAAUUCUGGGUUGAGAUCCCAAUGCCUGAUGGGGCUAAAACAUUGUCGCGGGUGGUUCUGGGUACAUAUCGUCAGGCCCCCGUUCCCUCCCUCCCUCCGUGAAAGCAGCAACAGACAAUCGUUUCACGCCUUUUUUCUUGAGUUACCUGUGCAGAUGCCAUACCACAGCAAGCAUGGAGCCCGCUCAGGUAACUGUCACCGUAUGUCUCCUAGGUGCUGGCAGACAUGGUACUGCAUUGCUACACAGCAGCAGCAACCCAUUGCCUUGUGGCAGCAGACGGUACAGUAGGACUGGUAGCCGUCAUCAUCAUGUCCGAGGUGCUCCUGGUCGCCUCUGUGAGGUCGAUCAGGAGCGCCUGGACAGACAUGGGUGCAGGGACUAAAUUUGGAGUGACUUGACCAGGUCAUUCUCUUUAGUCCUGCAGUCAGUCCUAUUGAACCAUCUCAUGGUGAGCAGGCAGGCGAUUCGGAUUGCUAGCAGUCCUACUGUACCAUCUUCUGCCAGGCAGGCAAGAGAUGAGGAUGGCUAGCAGUCCUACUGCACCAUCUUCUGCCAAUUCUGGGCUCAGGAAACAAGCACAGACUGGUGGGACUGCAUAGUGUUGCGGGUCUGGGAUGAUUCCCAGUGGCUGUGAAACUUUCGCAUGCGUAAGGGCACUUUCAUGAAACUUUGUGACUUGCUUUCCCCUGCCCUGAAGCGCAUGAAUACCAAGAUGAGAGCAGCCCUCACAGUUGAGAAGCGACUGGCGAUAGCCCUGUGGAAGCUUGCAAUGCCAGACAGCUACCAGUCAGUUGGGAAUCAAUUUGGAGUGGGCAAAUCUACUGUGGGGGCUGCUGUGAUGCAAGUAGCCAACGCAAUCAAAGAUCUGCUGAUAUCAAGGGUAGUGAGUCUGGGAAAUGUGCAGGUCAUAGUGGAUGGCUUUGCUGCAAUGGGAUUCCCUAACUGUGGUGGGGCCAUAGACGGAACCCAUAUCCCCAUCUUGGCACCGGAGCACCAAGCCGGUGAGUACAUAAACCGCAAGGGGUACUUUUCAAUAGUGCUGCAAGCUCUGGUGGAUCACAAGGGAUGUUUCACCAACAUCAACGUGGGAUGGCCAGGAAAGGUACAUGACGCUCGCAUCUUCAGGAACUCUGGUCUGUUUCAAAAGCUGCAGGAAGGGACUUUAUUCCCAGACCAGAAAAUAACCGUUGGGGAUGUUGAAAUGCCUAUAUGUAUCCUUGGGGACCCAGCCUACCCCUUAAUGCCAUGGCUCAUGAAGCCGUACACAGGCAGCCUGGACAGUAGUCAGGAGCUGUUCAACUACAGGCUGAGCAAGUGCAGAAUGGUGGUAGAAUGUGCAUUUGGACGUUUAAAGGCACGCUGGCGCAGUUUACUGACUCGCUUAGACCUCAGCGAAACCAAUAUUCCCACUGUUAUUACUGCUUGCUGUGUGCUCCACAAUAUCUGUGAGAGUAAGGGGGAGACAUUUAUGGCAGGGUGGGAGGUUGAGGCAAAUCGCCUGGCUGCUGGUUACGCGCAGCCAGACACCAGGGCGGUUAGAAGAUCACAGGAGGGCGCGGUGCGCAUCAGAGAAGCUUUGAAAACCAGUUUCAUGACUGGCCAGGCUAUGGUGUGAAAGUCCUGUUUGUUUCUCCUUGAUGAAACCCCCUCCGACCCUUGAUUCACUCUACUUCCCUGUAAGCUAACCA